AUGAACCCCAAAAUAGGCCCGCCUCAAUCAACCAGCUACCCUUCGCCGUCGACAAUGGCAUCGGACAUGGCAAACGACAAGGACAAAUUCACUCUAAACUGCCUUUUGGAAUGCCAAGAGUCGCCCAUCAGAGUCAAGGCUACGGAGAACUUACAGGUUAUUGACUUGCAGAAGCUCGUUUGGCAGAAGUUGGCGAAUGCGCUUGCAGGUGUUGAUUCUAACAAACUGGCGCUCUGGAAGCUUGAGCGACCAAUUCCUAAAAAUGAAUUCAAAGCAUUCGCGAAUGACCUGCCGAUGAAGGACAUCAAGACAAUUGCGAUGAAGCUCGGGCCUUUCGACCGUAUUUCAACAUUAUUCACGGUGCUGCCUGAUGAUACCUGCCUACACAUCGUGGUGGUUCCCGCUGACAAGAAGCGACCUAGAGAGGAGGAUACAGAUACAUCUGUUAUUACGAAACAUUCAAAAGUUGUUGAAGGUGUGUCUUUGCCAAGAGUACUCAGCCGGAGAAUGCCGAGACCAUGGGUUAGAGAGGGAGGGGUGGUCCUGGGGUCCUAA